AUGCCGAUCCCGUCGACCCAAAAGGCCGUAGUGGUCGAACAAGUCGGGGGCCCAGAGGUCCUCCAAUACCGCACCGACUACCCCGUUCCCACCCCAGGAGAGGGCCAGGUUCUGGUGAAGAACACCCUAUCUGGUAUCAAUUUCAUCGACACUUAUUUCCGUACUGGUUUGUACCCUUCGCCUAAGCCGGAAGUCCUCGGCCGCGCGGGCACGGGUGUCAUUGUAGCACUCGGCCCCAACUCAGAGAAGCACGAUUUCAAGGUCGGUGAUAGGGUUGUGUGGCUGGGAAAUGCAGCAGCACCCGUGGCUCAGAUGAUGAAACUGCCUGAUGGCCUCUCCGACGUGGACGCCGUGGGCAGUUACCUGAGCGGUUUGACGGCGCUCGCACUUACUGAAGAGGCCUACCGGGUUGGACCUGGAGAUUGCGUCCUCCUUCAUGCGGCUGCCGGCAGCACAGGGAUCCUGAUGACGCAAAUUCUCAAGACUCUAGGGGCCAAAGUCAUCGGAACAGCCGGAGGCCCAGAGAAAGUGGCCUUCGUCAAGAGCCUCGGGGCAGGCCAUGUCAUCGAUUAUCGUAGCGAGGCCGGCAAAAACUGGGUGGACGAGGUGAAGCGCCUUACCAAUCAGGAGGGAGUUGGUGUGUUUUACGACUCCGUCGGGAAGGAGACUUGGGAGGGGGAUCGGGAAGUUGCAAAGAGGAAGGGCACGAUUGUGUGGUUCGGCAAUGCUAGCGGUCCAGUGCCGCCUCUCCCGUUGAAUCUACUCUCCGCAAAAUGCCUCAAGGUUGCCCGGCCGACUCUUUUCGGAUACAUUGCCACACGUGAGGAGUUUCAGCAUUAUGCUGACGAACUCUUCCGUCUGUUGCUAUCCGGAAAGCUAAAAGUCAAGGUCCACGGGGUCUACAAGCUUGAAGAAGUACAGCGAGCCCACAAGACACUAGAGGUGAGGGCUGAAAUGGAAACCUUCUAG